AUGGGCCCGUUGAGGAAUGUGCAGGCAAGAACACGCCCGCGGAGAGAAACUACGAAACCUUCCGGCGUUUUUGACGACUCGGACCACGACGACCUAGCAGAUUUCCACGACGGCGAGCCUCCUUCGAAGCGCAUCCGAACCUCGCGCAAAGCUCAACCACCAAACAAGUGGGUUGCCGGAGGUGGUGGAGGAAGCGGCAGACAUGUUGAUAACGAGAAUACUCCAUCCAACAUGAGGACACCACGCGCAAACGACGAAUAUACAGUCCCCCGCACUCGCCCCCGGCCCAGCCGAGACCGGAGAAGGACCAUGACCAGUGCCUCUCGAUAUUCGGCCAGAAGUAGGAAUCGAGGUGCGACUCGUCCUCGGUACAGCACCGCGGCUGCGGCUUCAGCAGCCGUGACACAUGGAGAUGGCUAUAAACCACGAGAAGAGCGGGGCUGGGAAGAGUUCCAUCCAGAUUUGGAUCUGGAAGCAGACUUCGCCAUCAUACCUUCUGAUGAAGUGGAUGGCAUCGCGAAGAGGCAAUCAACCAACGGAGUUGCUCAAAAUGGCCUUCUGUCCGAAGGAGGUGACCCAGUAACCGUAGGUGCGUUGACUCCAGUUCGGAGGAGACCUGGGAGACCCCAUCGCACCAGCAAUUCGAUGGUGAACGCCCUUCUCACGCCUGAAGCUCCCAAAUUUGUCCCCGUUCCUGGGCCUAAUCCUCGGGAACGAUUGACAUUACCCAAACCCUCAUAUCGAGAACUGGACCCUUUUCUUUCCUAUGAGCAAAAAGACAUCGCACAGGUUGAUUUUGUUGACAAGUCGAUGGCAAAUGUUGGGUAUCAGGAGAGUGAAAUAUUCUUGCGGCCAGAGCGAACACUCAUUAGACAGAUGGAAGGCUCUGCGGAGGAAGAUCUCGACCUCAGCCCGGACCUCAUCGCGAAUGGCGAGAACUCGGCAAUUGGGAGCAGCGGAGUGGGACGUGUGGAAUAUGACAUGGAUGAACAAGACGUGAAGUGGCUUGAGUCCUUCAACAAAGGACGCAUCAAAGACGGGGUGCAAACCAUCAAACCUGCGAUUUUUGAAAUAACAAUGACCAAGAUUGAAAAAGAGUGGCACUCCUUGGAGAAGAGAAUUCCGAAGCCGAACCCGAAAGCGCCUCAGACACAGCGCCCGCGGUCUAGCUCUGCCGCAGCCGUUAAUGGCGAGCCUGCCGGAGAAGAGCCUGACAGCAAAUGCGCCAUAUGCGACGAUGGUGACUGUGAGAACGCCAACGCCAUCGUUUUCUGUGAUGGAUGUGAUUUGGCAGUUCACCAAGAGUGUUAUGGAGUGCCGUACAUCCCUGAAGGGCAAUGGCUAUGCAGGAAAUGCCAGCUUGUUGGCAAUUCCCGCCCAAGUUGUAUAUUCUGCCCUAACGAGGGGGGUGCCUUCAAACAAACCAACAAUUCGAAAUGGGCGCAUCUGUUUUGUGCCACGUGGAUUCCAGAAGUCACCAUCGGCAAUCCUUCCCUCAUGGAACCCAUCACCGACGUUGAAAAAGUCCCUGCCAGUCGCUGGAAGCUGGUGUGUUACAUUUGCAAGCAAGAGAUGGGUGCAAGCAUUCAGUGUAGUGACGGUCGCUGUUACGAGCCAUUCCAUCUGACAUGCGCUCGCCAAGCAGGUCUCUAUCUCCGAAUGAAGACUGGAGGUGGGCAAAAUACCUUGAUGGAACCGUCGCAGCUCAGAGCCUACUGCCACAAACACUCCCCGCCAGACUGGAAACAUGAGCAUCACACGGACAAAGCGUUUGAAGAAGCCACAAAAUAUUUUAGGGAGCAUUUUCGAGGCCAAAUAUGGGCUGACAGCCGCGCAUCUGCUCUGGCAAUCAAUGACACAAAGGACACUCCUACUACGGACAAAGGUCACCUGAAGGUGACUCUCACAAACAGGAAAGGCCAAAAGCAGAAGACAAUUUGGCGGUUACCUUCGGGUGCUCCUGUCAUUCCUGAGGUCAUCCUCAAGUCCAUUGAAGACUCGCUGGUCAGAUUUUCGGUCCCAAAAAAAAAGGAAUACGUCUCCGAAAUCUGCAAAUACUGGACCCUCAAACGAGAAGCGAGGAGGGGUGCCGCCUUAUUGAAACGCUUGCAACUACAAAUGGAUACCUUUAGCUCCUUUGAGGUCACCCGCAGGGAUUAUAAAGCUCAGGGCGCGGCCGGCCGAGCUAGGCUGGACCGUCGAAUCGAAUUUGCCGAAAGGUUGGCCAGAGAUAUGGAACGAAUCGUACAAAUAUGUGACUUGAUCAAGCAACGAGAAGCAGCAAAACUGCAAGAAGCUGUCCUGUUGAAGGAUGUUGUGGACACUGUUUAUUUCCCUAUUCCAACUCUCCUCCAGCCAAUUAUCGACAAAGCCCUCAAGCUUGACCGCGGUCUCUUCCGGAACGAACUGCUCGAACUUCGUGCGCGAGUUUUAAGAAAGGAGCAUACAUCGAUCGUAAGCUUCUCAAACGAUAUUGUUCGGGUGAUAAAUUCAAAAUUUAGCAAUCCUGCGGCAAAUAUUUCGGAAUUGAUUGCACUGGUCAGUGGCAGAGCCGAAGAUAUGACACCGGAAGAACGCGACCGACGAACACUCGCUCGACGCAUUGUGAAGGCUAUUGAACCACUCAUUGAAGAGGCCACUCGGAAAGAAGCCGAGUUAAACGGGAGACCCUACGCACAGCAAAUUCGAGAAAUGGACGAAGCACUUCUCUCGAGACGCGGUUCGUUGGCAGAGUCCACUGGAAGCCCAUUGCUCGACUCCAUUGAAGCAAAACACGACUUGGGCAUUGCGAGUCCCGAAGAUGUCGACGUUGAGAUGAUGGAGCCUGCCAACGCAGCCGACGAGAAAGCUAUCGGUGGCGAAACGUUUAAGAGUAGUAGGGCCUUCGUCGAGAAGGCGGAUAUCUUGAAGCAGGAAGGUCUGCGUGCUGAGGCUGGUGUGGCCUCGGCCGAUACGCCACCUGCGUCCACCAAUGGAUUUAAACCCGAGCCACCUACCAAUGGCGACAUGGCAUUGGUACAAGGACAGCAAGUCGAGCCACCCACUCCUCCGAUGAGUCUGGAAGGUCACUCUCAGAAUCCUCCGCCUCAAGGCGGCAUCCCCUGGUACGUUGCUCAAUUUGAUCCUGAAGGAACGACCAUCUUCGAAGAGCGAUGGACUGGACCCGAGGUCUUACGAGAAAUGAGUGAGGAGUUGAGUGAGAUGGAUGAAGAUGAGCUUCAAGGUCUAGGACCCGACAACAUGACUGAAGAGAUUAACGGCGCACCGCUGGGAAAAGAGGCGGACUCCACCACUGAAGAUUCUACGGUGAAGAAGAAGAGAGGAGGUAAACGCAGCAGAAACUCUGAGUGGGGUGCAAGAACUUUCCGGUUCCGAGGAUGA